GAAGAGAACCUCAGAAUCUGAGGAUGAGGACUAUGUGGCCACUGAGGAGGAAGUAAGCUCCAAAAAGAAGGUGCUGAAGAAGGAGUAUUGCACAGCUGCUGCAAGUAAGCCAGGGCUGAAUAAGAAGGCACCAACAAGGAGAAUUCCUAUGUCAAAGGCCAGAGCCUCUACUCAAGAGACAAUGGAGUUCACUCUUGAGCCCAAAGAAGGAGGUGAAGGCAAGAAGAGGAAGGAAAGGGUCAAUAAGACCAUUGCCAGAGUCAUUGGGAAGUCCUCCAUGAUGAGAGAUCCCUCUGAAGAUGAUGAGGAUGCUGCUCCAGCACCUAAGGCACAGAAGCUCAUGGGAGAUGCUAUAAAGUCAGGGGCUGCUGCUAAGCCCAAAACUGCUCCCAAAGCUGCUGCUCCAGUUGCCAAGACUGCACCCAAGAGGAGUACCAGGAACAUACCUGCUGAGGAGAAGAACAAGGCCCCAGUGCCUGAGACUGAAGAAGAGGAAGCUGAAGCCCAAGUGCUAGGGAAGCUAAAGCCAAAGAUCCCUGACCAUAAGGAUGCACAUCCUAUUGCAGAAGAUAUGAGAAUCAGGAAGGAUGCAGGACUGAGACAGUGGAGAAAGGCUGACCCAUAUGCUAUCAGGAGGAGAACUGCUGUGGAUUAUAGGUUCCACACAAAGGAACAACAAGAUUUCUAUGAGACUAUCCUGCUUGACAAGAAGCCCAUAGUGUCUGACAUGAGAUGGGUGGACUGGACCUACAUAAGAGAGAAUGAAGAUCACUUCCCAGGUGUUUAUGACAGCUUCAAGGCAUGUGAGGUUGACAAGUUUGUUGGCCAAAAGCUCACCAAGUGGAAUGAUGAGCUGAUCAUGCAAUUCUAUUCUACUGCUCAUUUCUAUCCAGAUGGCAGAAUCGUAUGGAUGUCAGAAGCCAAGUGUGUCUUUGGUGUUCCUGCAGGCAAACUCUUGGGUUUUUUGGUUUCUGACAGAGGCAUUGAAGCUAACCCGGAGAAGAUCAAGGCCAUCACCUCCCUGGCUAAGCCGGCGUGUAUAAAUGACGUUCAACGCUUGGCGGGUCGCAUCGCUGCUUUAAGCCGGUUUAUAAGCCGUUUGGGUGAGAAAGCCAUGCCAUUAUAUCAGUUGAUGAAGAAAACCGAUAACUUUGUCUGGAAUGAUGCAGCUAAUACUGCCUUUGAGGAUUUGAAGAAGCAGCUGGCAGAGCCUCCAGUCCUUGCUGCUCCGGUUGACAAAGAGCCCUUAUUAUUAUAUGUGGCGGCGAACACACGAGCCGUCAGUGUGGCUAUGGUGGUGGAGCGCAAGGAGGAGGGUAAG